GCCCGACGAGGGCAGCAGGGAGGCCGGUGUCUUUACCAGACGGACUAGCAGGGACUGACUGACGUGGAAUCAUGCCUCUGCGGUUGGACAUCAAGCGGAAGCUGACGGCUCGCUCAGACCGGGUGAAGAGUGUGGACCUGCACCCCACUGAGCCAUGGAUGGUGGUCAGCCUCUACAGCGGUGGUGUGGUGGUCUGGAACCAUGAGACACAGACGAUGGUGAAAAACUUUGAGCUGUGUGAUCUGCCUGUCAGAGUGGCCAAGUUUGUAGCCAGGAAACACUGGAUCAUCGCUGGAGCAGAUGAUAUGCAGAUCCGUGUGUUCAAUUAUAACACUCUGGAGAGAGUCCACAUGUUUGAGGCUCACUCUGACUACAUCCGCUGUAUCGCUGUCCACCCCACGCAACCCUACAUCCUCACCAGCAGCGAUGACAUGAUGAUCAAGCUGUGGGACUGGGACAGAAAGUGGGCAUGCAGUCAGGUGUUUGAGGGGCACACUCACUAUGUCAUGCAGAUUGUCAUCAACCCCAAAGACAACAACCAGUUUGCCAGCGCCUCUCUGGACAGAACUAUUAAGGUGUGGCAGCUGGGCUCCAGGACUCCUAACUUCACUCUGGAGGGCCAUGAGAAGGGAGUGAACUGUAUUGAUUACUACAGUGGAGGAGACAAGCCGUACCUCAUAUCGGGGGCUGACGAUCGACUUGUCAAGAUCUGGGAUUAUCAGAACAAAACUUGCGUUCAGACUCUGGAGGGUCACGCCCAGAACGUGACCUGCGUCAGCUUCCACCCCGAGCUGCCAAUCAUCCUCACAGGCUCUGAGGAUGGCACUGUUCGAGUGUGGCACUCCAACACCUACCGACUGGAGAACACACUCAACUAUGGCAUGGAGAGGGUGUGGUGUAUAUGUGGCCAGCCUGGCUCCAACAGUGUGGCUUUGGGCUAUGAUGAAGGCGGCAUCAUCAUCAAGCUGGGUCGGGAGGAGCCCGCCAUGUCCAUGGACUCCAGUGGGAAGGUCAUGUGGGCUCGCCAUUCCGAAGUCCAGCAGGCCAACCUGAAGGCAAUGGGAGAGGCUGAGAUGAGGGAUGGAGAGAGGCUGGCGCUGGGUGUCAAAGACAUGGGCAGCUGCGAGAUCUACCCCCAGACCAUCCAGCACAGCCCCAACGGGAGGUUUGUAGUGGUGUGUGGAGAUGGCGAGUACAUCAUCUACACGGCCAUGGCCCUGAGGAACAAGAGCUUUGGCUCAGCUCAAGAGUUUGUCUGGGCACAUGACUCCUCACAGUAUGCCAUAAGGGAGGGCAACAGUAUGGUCAAAAUCUUUAAGAACUUCAAAGAGAAGAAGGUUUUUAAACCUGACUUUGGGGCUGAAGGUAUCUUUGCCGGCUUCUUACUGGGAGUGAGGUCAAACAGCGGCCUAGCUUUCUACGACUGGGAGAGUGCCGAACUAGUCCGCCGCAUUGAGAUCCAACCAAAACAUAUCUUCUGGUCUGACUCUGGAGAGCUGGUGUGUAUCGCUACAGAUGAGUCUUUCUUUGUGCUGCGUUAUCUGCCAGAGAAAGUGUCAGCAGCUCAGGAGUCCAAGCAAGACAUGUCUGAGGAUGGCAUAGAGGACGCCUUCGAGGUGCUGGGGGAGGUGCCGGAGGUGGUGAAGACAGGAGUAUGGGUGGGAGACUGCUUCAUCUACACCAGCUCUGUUAACAGACUCAACUACUAUGUUGGGGGAGAGAUCAUCACCAUUGCUCACAUGGACAGGACCAUGUAUCUGCUGGGCUAUAUCCCCAAGGACGACCGUCUCUACCUUGGAGACAAGGAGCUGAACAUCAUCAGCUACUCCCUGCUGCUUUCUGUGCUGGAGUACCAGACAGCCGUCAUGAGAAGGGACUUUAGCACAGCUGACAAAGUUCUACCCACAAUCCCCAAGGAGCAAAGGACCAGGGUUGCCAACUUCUUGGAGAAACAGGGCUUCAGACAGCAGGCCCUGGCUGUGUCUACAGACCCAGAACACAAGUUUGAACUUGCUCUGCAGCUGGGAGAGCUCAAGAUGGCCUACCAACUGGCCUUGGAGGCAGAGUCAGAGCAGAAAUGGAAGCAGCUGGCAGAGCUUGCUACUACAAAGUGCCAGUUUAGCCUGGCCCAGGAGUGUCUGCACCAAGCUCAGGAUUAUGGGGGAUUAUUGCUGCUGGCCACUGCCUCAGGCAACACAGACAUGGUGGGCAAACUAGCCGAAGGGGCAGAGAAGGAUGGGAAGACCAAUGUGGCCUUCCUCACCUACUUCAUGCAAGGAAGAUUGGACAAAUGUCUGGACCUUCUCAUCAAAACAGAUCGGUUGCCAGAGGCUGCAUUCCUGGCAAGAACAUAUCUGCCCAGCCAUGUGUCAAGGGUGGUUAAGCUGUGGAAGGAGAGUCUGUCCAAGGUCAACCAGAAGGCAGCAGAUGCUCUGGCUGACCCCAUCCAGUACAGCAACCUGUUCCCUGGCCUCCAGCAAGCCCUGCAGGCUGAGCAGUACCUGAAGGAGACUCAUGUCAGGGUCAGACCUGCCGCAGAAUACCCACUCAUCAUGCCAAAUGAGGAGCGAAACGUUCUGGAGGAAUCUGCACGUUUUGCGUCAGAAGAAGAGGUCAGUGAGCCAGAGGAAGCAGUGGAAAGCAUGGAAGAAAGCUUCAUAGUAGCAGAAACAGAAGCUGUGCCUCCAGAAGCAGCAGCAGCAGAGGAGCCCGUUCCAUUACAACAGGAGACCACUGCUUUUGUUUCAGCAGUAGAAGAAGAAUCACUUCCAACAGCAGCUUCCCCUCUUCCUGUCGCCAUAACACAAGAGCAUGUUGAGGUGGCUGCAUUUGAACCGGAGGUGGCAGCAAUAAAGGAAGACAUCAUCACUAAAUUUGAGGAGGCUUCACUCUCUGUGGAGGAAGACGUUUUGGAGGAGUCCACCAUAGAGGUUACCCCCAAAGAGCCAGAGGUGGUACAGUCCAGACCAGUGGAUGAUGUCAGAUCUUCGGAUGAGGAGGAUGUUCAGGAAACGUCUCCAGCAACAGAUGCUGUUCCUACUGCCUGUGUUUCUCAAACAUGUCUUACUGAGACAAUAGAAACAAUAGAAACCAUCAUGGCAACAGAAGAAGCACCAGGUGAGACAGUAGCAACAAAAACCAUGGCAACAGAGGAUGUUCUAGUUACCACUGCAUUAACAGCUGAUGCUAACGUAAAAAUGCCUGAUCAUGACAAGCUGGAAAAAGAUGUAAUGUCUUUAGAUGCACCACCCAUCAAAGAUGCACCAGCAGCAGCAGAAGGACCUCCUGUUACUAAGGAACUCGUUUUGGAAACGGCACCAUCAGCUGUAGCAGUGGAGGAGCUCAUCUCCUUUGAAAACACAGACAGCUCACUGCUGGAUGUGCCGGUCCAAGUCCAAGCUUUUCCAGAGUUUGUCCUUGAUCCACUGCUAGACCCACUUGAAGAUGCAAUGCCAGUAUUAAAGCCAGACCCAGCACAAGAGCCAGAACAAGAGGGACUCCCAGUAAAGCCUGAGGAGAUCCUGGAGCCUCCUGUGCCUCUGCAGGCUGAGCCAGAGGUUUUACUCCCAGUAGCUCCCACAGAGAAGAACAUAGCGGAGCAGGAGACGGCUCCUGGGGGAGCUAAAGACCCAGCAGAGGACCUUGACGAAGAGAUGACUGAGGAGGUCCUGGAUGAUCUGGAUCUGGACAAUUUUGACUUGGAAGAAAUAGACACCACAGACGUCAACCUGGAUGAUGAUUUCUUGAGCGAAUAGGAAGAGGUGGACUUUCCUGUUUUACUGUGACCAAACAACACAAAGGGCUGUAGUCCAGGACCACUAUUAGACACCAGCAGAUUAAAGUACCUUUGUUAAGCUUAAUUAACAAGCAUUUUUUUGUUGUUGUUUUUUAGUUGAGGGCUGAAGUAGUCAUAUAUAUUUGAGAUGUACCAUUCCAUGAUUCCCACAAGAUUUGUGUUACUGAAGGACGAAAACCUUCAAGACAUCUGGUAGAACUUCAGAUUAAUCUGUAGUUUGUCUUUAUUUCAGCUACGGAUUCGCUCAGUGUUACGUGCCUUUUCUAAAUGUGGUUAAGGGGAAAGAGAAGUGAAUGGGUUUAAGGAGAAAUGUUUGUAUGUAUGUGAAGUAUGGGAUGUGGAACAUUGUAAAAUUUCCAACAGAGGCUUAUUUGCUUUGCUUUGUUUACACUACACAUUUGAACAAUUUUGCUCCAAUCUUUACAUUUUGUGUUAAAUCUCCUAUAUCAAAAGUACUCUUUAGAUGUAAAAACCAGUUUACAGUUAAACAAAAAUUAAAAAAGGUAGAAUCUUCCUCAUUCCUCGGUGCCACGAGCUCUACCAGCCGACUGCACGUCUUCAUGAAAAGUAACUAAAAUGACUCAGUACCUCUUCUUCUUCCUCAUACCUCAUAUUACACCUCUGUUGAUCAGGGUGCUAUCGAAGCCAGUGAGGAAUUUAUUUUUCUCACAAGUGCUGGACCUUUGCUAAUUAGAGCAUUAUGUUGGAUUUCUAUCUGGGACAGGGCUGCCUGUGUUUUCCAAAUGCCACAUAUUUUUUUUUUAUAAAGAACAUAUUCAAAAGUGUUGAACAAGCGAGGACUAAGACAAAUCUGCUAAUUGGUUCUACUCAAUGUCUGUUACCUUCUUAUUAUUAUUAUACACUAUGUGACAUCUUAUUAUCCUGGUGCAUGUUUCCCUCUCAAAGCCAGGAUCAACACACAACUGCUGCUU